ACGCGCCUCUGCUCAGAUGCGGUUGACAGCAGGUUCUGAAUGAAGCUGGAAUAACGACGCGGAUUUGUGAAUGAAGCUCCCCAUUCUGACUUUUCCCUGACUGAACUAGUUCCUGCCUUCACCCGCGACAGACGACAUGCGCCACUCCGCACCGUUCGAAGGCGCGCUGGCGGCGCACAUCCACGCUCCCCGGUGCGCCUGACCACCGCGCGCAAUGCUGCAUGGACCGAAGCGACACGACCACGACUCGAUGCGACUCGUCGACCCGAGGCACCUUCCGCAACUGAUGUCCCUGGAGGACCAGGAGCCCACCCUGCUGGAGGGGACCCUGGCGCCGCGCAACUCCUCGGCGGCUGGAGAGGAAGGUGCUCCGGGUCAGCAGCACCAGAGCUUCCCGUGGGCGGCCACCGUGCUGGCCGGUGUGCUGAUCACGACCAUCGUGGUGGAUGUUAUCGGGAACCUGCUGGUCAUCGUGUCCGUGUUCAGGAACAGGAAACUCAGGAAAACAGGCAAUGCCUUCGUGGUGAGUCUGGCCUUCGCCGACCUGGUCGUCGCCAUCUACCCAUAUCCGCUGGUCCUGAGCGCCAUCUUCCACGAUGGCUGGAUCGCCGGCUACAUCCACUGUCAGAUCAGUGGCUUCCUCAUGGGCCUCAGCGUCAUCGGCUCCAUCUUCAACAUCACCGGCAUCGCCAUCAACCGCUACUGCUACAUCUGCCACAGCCUCAAAUACGACAAACUCUUCUCCACCAGCAACACCAUGUGCUACGUGGUCCUGGUCUGGGCGCUCACCAUCCUCGCCAUCGUGCCCAACUGGUUCGUGGAGUCCCUGCAAUACGACCCGCGGGUCUACUCCUGUACUUUCGCCCAGUCGGUCAGCUCGCUGUACACCAUUGUUGUGGUGGUGGUGCACUUCAUCCUGCCCAUCGCCAUCGUGACCUACUGCUACCUGCGUAUCUGGAUCCUGGUCAUCCAGGUGAGGCGGAGAGUCAAGCCGGACUCGCGGCCCAAGAUCAAGCCGCACGACCUCCGCAACUUCCUCACCAUGUUCGUAGUGUUCGUGCUUUUCGCCGUCUGCUGGGCGCCGCUCAACCUGAUCGGACUGGCCGUGGCGCUGGACUCCAGGCUGAGUCGCGCCAUUCCCGAGUGGCUGUUCACGGCCAGCUACUUCAUGGCGUACUUCAACAGUUGCCUCAACGCAGUCAUCUACGGCGUCCUGAACCACAACUUCAGAAAAGAGUACAAGAGGAUCGUCCUGAUCAUCUUCAAAUUCCACUGCUGAGAGGAAGCGGCGAAAGGUUGGCGGCCGCCUGGAGGUCCAGUUAAUGUGAAGACCAAUUCAUCAAUCAGAGGAAAAGAAGACGUAUUAAGAAGGAAAUGAGAACAUAACGUGAGGCGAGAACUAGAACUCUUGUAGCUGAAGGGGAGGAGAGAAAAUAAAUGAUGCCACACUCGGACUCAUCAGUGGUGCCUUCAGGGAACGUGGAAAAGAGCAAAACUCAAAAAGGUGAAAAAGUUUGGGAGCAAUUCCUUCCUUAGUAACAGGCGUCGUCAUGACGACGAGGUCGCGACUGCUGUUCAACAGACAGUGACGUCAUUGUGCAUCUUCAUACCUCACGCUGGUACCUAUGUCUUGAACCUAUGUCCAUCCACGCUGUGUGUUCAUGUCCGUACUUGGAAAAGAGAAAAGCGACAAAUGCUGCUGCGACUGAAGUUUACAAAACUGCAUCCACUGAACACAAAGCUGUGGUGCUUCUUAGCUAGCGUGCGGCCGUGCUAAAUGAGGGAAUCUCAAGGUGCUACAGCACAUUUUUCAACACGAAUUGGUCGAUGGAGAGGUAUUGAUGGUACCAAUCACUUAACAAUGCUCCCAGUGUUUUUCUUUAAAGUAUUUUCUCAACCAGGAAAGCAAAACGGUUUUCUUAGCCUCAGCUAGUACCUAGCAAGAGCGAGCGUCAUUUGCUAAUUUGAAAAUGUGGUCCGGCAUAAUGGAGACCCCAACUGCUUCUACUGGUCCAGGUGUAGAGAGUCAUACAGGGCAAAGAGGGUCCGAGAGAUGCCCGCAACCAAGACCCGACUGGGGUCAUCCAACUCUAGGAUACAGCUCAGGCAAAACAUCCCAGAUGAAGGGUUGGACUUUCUCUAGGUGAGUCUAUGCCCAGGAAGUCUUGUACCAAGAGCUGUCGGUGUCAUGGACUGUGCUGAGUCAAAAUGUGAUAUUUCAACUCGUGAUGAAGAAAGCGUGGCGUAUUGAAGACCAAAUAUGUAUUUAUAUUCCCUUUCAGACUUAGUAUCGCACAAACAUUAUGACCACCGAUUCAACAGCUGGAGCAUUGGAGAGAAAUCUGACGGGACCGGGAGAGUACCGGUGUCGGCUCACAUUGCUGGUACUGUGGGCAUCUUAACAGCUGCAGUUUCCAAAAAGGCAACCAACAAUUCAGCUCCAUCUGUGUCUCUUAGCAUCAGGUGAUGAGAAGACUGUGAGGACCGUUACAGAGGAGGACGAUAGGUGUUGUCCAAACAGGUUUUCUUUAGUCUGGGUGCCAGUUCUCGCUGUGGUCCACAGCUAAAAGCUCCUAAAAGCGGCAAGUAGACCAUGGACUGGGUUGCCAGAUCUGACUGACUUCUCACACAAUAUCAACCAGCCCAAAUCUCAACCUCCACUGAGUAGACACCGUUCUCCAUAUCAUGGUCAGUGUUGGUUAGUAAAUCCAGACACAAAAGUUGGAUUGCAAAAAUUUCAACCCAAACAAUGUCUGAAGCCCAAAUGGGUGCAGAAUUUGGCAACGCUGCCCAUUUACCAGGGAGUCAGUUCCCAAGAAUCAAAUCCCGUCCUGAUUCAGCGCUAGCUUUCAAGUCUUCUCUCUUCAAGAGCAACAAAAGGCCUUUAAAUUUAAGGCUGUUUGCAGGUGGUCAUAAUGUUUUGCCUAAUGGCUUUCUUCUUCAGUUUGGUCCACUUCUGUCGACCAAGAUAGUCACCACGUGUUUGGCAUUUCUUUCUGUCUUCCAUUGAUUUUAAUGCUUUGUCCCAACGUUUCUUCCCGUCACUAACCUUCCAUGUGUCCCUGAUAUUUGAAGUCCAUUUUGGACGGACGGAUUUCGUGACCAUCAUGGUUUUAUUUUAACGCACCGCAGGCAGUUGUUUGGAGCAGGAAUGUAAAGACGGCUAUGAAUUUGAGAGGUAUUUUUGCAGAAGAUUGAUGGCUGAUUCCUGUAACUACCACUAACUAGUUCCUUCACCACUUCCCUUCGACGGUGGAAGGGUUUCUCAUUUCACAGCUCUAUUGAGGCAAACUUGUCUGGGAUGUUGAUGGAACUUGCUGCAAGAACUGAUUUGGAUGACUCCUGUGGUUUGUAGGGUCACAGCUGAAUUACCACUGAUCCAUUGCCAAAUCCAGAGGUAGCAGUUUUGCCUUAGACUCCCCUGUUCAAAGCUUCAUCUGAGGGCAGCGGUUCUACACUGAGUCUCCGUUGGACGCCUGAGAGCCCUGUCUCUUGAGGGUGAUACACGAUCCUUCCCGCUUCUACGGCUUUUUCAUCAGCCUCAUUGGUGAGGGCUGGGUUACGAGCCUUUCCUGGCUUAACUAGUAGAUCAACCAAAUUCGUUGCUAACCUUUCAAAUGAGUUGUUCCACACACCUUUCCUGCGUCACUCUCUCCUUCUGGAUCCUCACUCUCUCUUCUGCUGGCUGUUGACUGUGUGACAGGGACGGGUUCUACACGCCCAGGAGCAUAAUCCCAAAAUCAAAUGGGGCUGUGGCUUUGGAAUGAUUUCCCAUGUAGAAACCGCCCUCACAGUCUCACAGCUGAAGCAUCACAUAUUGGCAGUUCACUUAGCCGUCCAAUUGAAACACAAUUCCCCUGAGAGUCGCUCACAUCUUCGGCACCAUGAGUGAUGCUCAAAAAGGAAGAUAUAGACACCAUGAACUAGAGAUUCAUGAUUGGACCCCAAGGACACACUGGACACUGUCCAGUGAGAACUGCAAAUGGAGGGGAAGCAUGUGUCACACAAAAGGAGGUUGGCUUUGGUUCACCACAUAACAACGUGGUGAAAGCCCCUCAAACAGCCGUGCGUUUCCGUCACGGUCAGUAAGGAGGAGAGCCAUGUGAGGAAUUAUUGGUGGCGACUGACAUUCAGAGGAUCUUCUCUGAACCAUUUAUUGUCAUAAACUAAGGUACCACUUCACUUGACUUGAAACAAGAGGUGGUGCUGUUCCUCAUCCCCUCUGUGGUGUUCUUAUCUGCACAGCUCAGCUCCUCCCAUGCCACUACGAACAUGAGCAGGAAGUGAGAAUUAUCUCGGUAGAUCAUCCAGUCGGGCUCAGAGUAGGACCGCAGCCUCUGAAGUGCGGUGGUAUUGGAGUCCGGGUGUCUUUGCUGCUACACUCUGUUGUUCAGCACGACGGGUUUAAAGAUGACUCAGAUGGUUUUAUUCAAUGUCGACCAACUCUCUGUGAAAUCCCGCACACGAGUGGAAAAAAGGCCAAAGACUUUCAGUGUGUUCAUGUUUCUUCUGAGGAAGAGAGGCGCAGUAGUACAGGUUGUCAUGUGACUUCAGAAAAGGUCAAGAGCAGAGAUGGAAUCGAGUGUACAGACAAAGCUUUGUUUGCCAGCCGAGGGAGCCUCACUUCGCCGAUGUUCCCGCCUGCUCGUGAGGAGCGUGCCGUCCUCCCAGAGGACACCUCCGCGCGUCACGUCAGAUAUCGGGGCGCCCUGCGCCUUUCCCAGGAUCUGAGAAGGAAAACAGAGCAGACGAGCAAUACCGCCUUCAUUUGCAUUUCAAACUUCAGUCGGCGCACGAAGACUGUGGAGUUCUGCUCCCGACAGUCGCAUCAGGGUUCACUGACGAGUCGCCGCUCUUCCCUCCAUUUCAAUAUCAAACGUUUAAACAGAGACGAAGGUGGAGGUUGUUCUGAAGAGUAUUCUGACCACAUCACUGUGUUUCUCCUGGAAUGUUGCAUAUGUAUGAAAAUCGCUGCUGCAGUGGUCAUCUGUGUCUGUGCUCCGGUUGCUGAUGAGCCCGUGUGUGUGCGUCUGGUUGGUCCUCACUUGUGGCGACCAAUUCUUGACUAAACACUAUCCUUGAGGGGACCUCAUGCCAAUGUAGGGACCAUUUGGAUGGAGCUCUACAAACCCAAGGAUAAAGACUUAGUGGGUUUCAGCUUGGUUCAGAGUCCUGGUUCAGGUGAGCCAUGUCUGUUGGAUGUUUAGGUUUAGAGGGAGAAGCUGGGGAAAGGGUGAUGGCAAUGAGCGGUCCCCACAAGGAUAGUGAUGUGUGUGCGUGUCUGGGCUCCCAUCACGACUUUAUUGUCGGCAGAAGAUCUCCGCUUCCGCAGAGUCGCCAUUUGUGGAAUUUGUUUUUGAGUUUUUCUUAUUUCAGUCAAAAUCCUUCUACUGGUUCUGAAGAGGAUUCUGUGAAAAGUGGUAUUUGAGCAGCAAAAUGAAAAACUGAUGAUUGUUGGGGAGAAUAUUUUAACAGCCGGGGUUUGGGUUUUGUUUUCAUCAAAGUUAAAAAAGUAAAAAUUACAGUGGCUCUGUCAUAUUGCUGGUGUAAAUUUGAGAAUAAAUCUCAGGAUUUUAUUGCUUUUCUUUGACUUACUGUGCUCAUUCAGUUAGCGGCAUUGGUUUAUGCAUCGGGUGACUGUAUUCCUAGAAAAUUUAAUAUUUCCUCACUGUGGCCAACAUUUCGAAGCAUUUAAAGGACCACAAUGCUGAGCUGAUGAGAAGAGAGCUGCAAUGGUUGUUCAGAACUGUUUCCUGAAAGAAAAAAAAAAAACAAGAAAAGAGAAUGUAUUUGUUUCCUUUCACAUGCCGUUUUGCACAUCGCCGUGGAGAAUGUUUACUCUGAAUGUCUGUAACGCUGAAGA